CCACCACCCUGCCCAGCAUGUCGCGCCAGUUCAGCAUCCGCGUGCCGUGCACCUCGUCCAACAUCGGGCCCGGCUUCGACGUCGUCGGCCUCUCGCUCUCCCUCUACCUCACGCUGCGCGUCACCGUCACGCCCGGCGGCGCGCCGCACCCGCGCCUCGCCUACACGGGCACCGGCGCCGCCGAGGCGCCGCUCGACGCCUACAAGAACCUGACGACGCGCUGCGCCCUCUACGUGCUGCGCGCCAACGGCAUCAGCGCCUUUCCCGCCGGCGUGGAGAUCGAUGUGCACAACGAGGUGCCCUUCGGCCGCGGCCUGGGCAGCUCCGGCGCCGCCGUCAUUGCCGGCAUCCUGCUCGGCAACGAGCUCGGCCAGCUGAAGCUCUCGACGUCGCGCCUGCUCGACCACGCCCUCAUGAUCGAGCGCCACCCCGACAACGUCACCGCCGCGCUCGUCGGCGGCUUCGUCGGCUCGUACCUGCUCGACCUGCCCGCCGAGGCGGCGGCCAAGAAGGACGUGCCGCUCUCCGAGGUGCUGCCCGAGUACCCGCCAGACGCCGGCGAGACGUGGGGCCCGCACCCGCCUGCGCCGCCGGAGGGCAUCGGCCACUACAUCCGCUUUGGCUGGGCCAAGGAGAUCAAGGUCAUUGCCAUCAUCCCCGAGUUCGAGGUCAGCACGGCAAAGGCGCGCGACGCGCUGCCAGACACCUACUCGAAGGCCGACCUGAUCUUCAACCUGCAGCGCCUCGCGGUGCUGACGACCGCGCUGGCGCGUUCGCCGCCGGAUGCCGGCCUCAUCUUCCAGGCAAUGCAGGACCGCGUGCACCAGCCGUACCGCAAGCACCUGAUCCCGGGCCUGCCGCGCAUCCUCGCCUCCGUCACGCCCUCGACGCACGCCGGCCUGCUGGGCAUCUGCCUCUCGGGCGCCGGCCCCACGAUUCUCGCGCUCGCCACCGACGACGAGCGGCGCAUUGCCGACACGAUCGUCGAGGAGUUCAAGAAGGACGGCAUCAAGUGCGCCGCCGAGUUCCUGCACGUCACGCAGGACGGCGCACAGGUCUCCGAGGGCCACCUGCCGUAGAGGCACCACCAAAAGCAUAAGCAGAAGGCGCGAGGGAGGUGUAAUGUGACUCGGUAGAAUACAAUGGGGUUGAGGAUGCAGCACGGAUAAGGCAAGAGGCAAGAG